GAAGAAUUGUUUAUUAUUCUUCUCAUAUUCCAAGUGAAAGUGACAACAUGAGCUGUAAAAUGAAACUUCUUUGCCCGAUUUUUGUUUUGUGUGUGUAUUUUUCAACGACAUUCGUAUCAGCUGUUCUGGAUACUCAACCAGAACAAAUACAUUUAUCAUAUGGAAAAGCUCCCAAUGAAAUGAUGGUUACAUGGGUUACUUUUGAUCCAACUAACGUUUCUACAGUUGAAUAUGGACGAUCUCACAAGGCACUGAAUAAAGUCAAAUUCGGUACUAUUACUAAAUUUGUCGAUGGUGGAGCUAAGGCAAGAGUACUUUAUGUCCACAGAGUACUUCUUGAUGAUUUAGAGCCAGGAACUGACUAUGUUUACCAUUGUGGCAGUGUGGAUGGAUGGAGUGCUAUUUACUGGUUCACUGCUAUAAAAGAAGGCACUGACUGGAGUCCGAGACUUGUAGUUUAUGGGGAUUUGGGUAAUUAUAAUGCUCAAUCACUACCUCGUGUACAAGAAGACGUUCAAAAAGGAAUGUACGAUGCGCUAUUGCAUGUUGGAGACAUGGCAUAUAAUUUAGACACGGAUGACGCGCUAAUAGGAGAUGAAUUUAUGAGACAAAUCGAAACAAUUGCUGCUUAUCUUCCAUAUCAAGUGUGUGUUGGCAAUCACGAACAAGCAUACAAUUUUUCGAAUUAUGUGAAUCGAUUUAGUAUGAUGAAUCAAGAUGGUGAAAUAAACAAUCAUUAUUAUAGUUUUGAUAUCGGUCCUGCUCAUAUAAUAGGAUUUUCAACCGAAUUUUAUUUCUGGUUUAAUUAUGGUUGGGUCCAGAUCGCUCAUCAGUAUGAAUGGCUCGAAAAUGAUCUGAGGAAAGCAAAUUUACCAGAAAACCGAGCUAAGCGACCCUGGAUCAUUACUAUGGGACACAGGCCAAUGUACUGCAGCACAAAAGAACCAUUAUCUGAAGAUGAUUGCAAAAACAGAGAAAGUGUUAUUCGCAAAGGGUUGCCAAUCUCUCAUUUAUACGGUUUAGAAGAUCUAUUUUAUAAAUAUGGUGUUGAUUUAGAAUUCUGGGCCCAUGAACAUAACUAUGAAAGAAUGUGGCCUUUGUAUGAUUACAAAGUGUAUAAUGGAAGCUAUGAUGCCCCAUAUACCAAUCCCAAAGCACCUGUGCAUAUUACAACUGGUUCCGCAGGCUGCCAAGAAAAUUUAGAUCCAUUUGUUGAAGACCCUGCAGAAUGGAGUGCUGUAAGGUUUCCCGAUUAUGGAUAUACCAGAUUGCAAAUAAUUAACAAUACUCAUUUAUAUUUGGAACAAAUUUCUGAUGACCAAUACGGAGCGGUGCUUGAUACAAUGAUGCUUAUAAAAGAUAAGCAUGGACCAGAGGCAUGGCUAUAAUCAGUGAUUUAUCCUGUGUAAAUAGUUUACUCUUAAUGUUUUUAAAACAUUUGUCUGACCUCAACUUCAGCGGUGAUUUUUUUCAGAUUUUGUUUAAAAAUUGUAUUAAUUCAUGUCAAGUUUUCACGGAGAAACAAUUGAAAUUGUUGUUCUAUUUAUACUCAUAAUUUCAAUCAUCAAUUUUGUAACUGAAUUUAUUUUCGCCUUUGUUAGGUGAGUAUACGUUUAAAAUGCAAUACUUCAAGAAUAAUUUAUUUGAAACAUUACAUUUUACAAAAUAUAAAGUUGUUUGUUUUUUACUAUGAAA